UACCAGACUCGGCCUCGUCCCUUCCCCCCGCGCCCCACGCCCCCGACCAAAAGGCAGCCUGGGCGAGUUCCAGGCACCGAGUUAUUUUCUUGGUAGAGGUAAUGACUUGGGGCUCCGUGCUCCCCCGCACCCUGCUGGUUACACACUUAAGACGGCAGCCCUGUUAAUUAACUUUAAUUACAAUCAUUCGGCCUCCACCUGCCUGAACCCAGCACUGUACCCGGGGACCUCUCCAGAGUGCAUUUACCAGGCAGCUCUUUCUCCUUUGGUGUGGGAAGCAGUUCUCAUGGGAGACUUGGUGUCCAUCUAUUAAUUAAAGCUUCAGCAUAUGAACAGGAAUAACAUUCUAAAACCAGAAAAUAACAUUCUGAAAACAUUAUAAAAAGUGAUAGAGGAAAAAAAAAACGUAAGAAGUACAUCCUUGUGUGUGUCUCAUUGUGCUGCUUUUUAAAACUCAGGUAGUAAUGAAGCCACCAUUAUGUCCUCAGUCAGUGAAGUAAAUGUGGACAUCAGAGAUUUCCUAAUGAGCAUCAAUUUGGAGCAGUACCUCUUACAUUUCCGUGAAUUUGGCUUUUAUACUGUGAAGGACUGUACAUCGAUAAAUGAUAGUGUGCUACACCAGAUUGGAAUCUCACCAACAGGACACCGUAGGAGGAUACUUAAACAGUUACAGAUGAUCUUUUCAAAAAUGCAAGACAUCCCAAUAUAUGCAAAUGUUCAUAAAACAAAGAAUGGCAACACCCCAGAAGAGCCUCACAAUCCUCCAUCUUCCAGCAACAACACCUGUGUAGAAUUUUCUGAUUCCGUUAGUAUUCCUAGACCAGGCCUGACACCGUUGGAGACGGUUACAAUGAGUACCUUUGGUGUAGGAAAUUGCCAGUCUCCUAAAUCACAAGAUAAGCUAUCCCUUUCUCCACAAGACUUGCCCUUUCCAGAAGAAGAGCAACACCAGACUGUGGAUUCUCCGCAAGAUUCUUUAUUUGGUGGUGUAAAUGUUAAAAUAGAUUCUUUGAUUACCCAGAAGGCUGUGGACUGUACAGCUGGAGAAGAACAAACAGGAAAAGUCAGCUUGAUAUCAGAAAAUUCCAGCAAGGCUCUUAGCACAAACCCUGAAUGUCUUCCCUCUGUGGACUAUCCAACAUCAGAAACACAUUCUGGAAAUGGUACCAAUGGCUCAUUAGAAAGCUCCCCUCCAGCCCCGUUCUUUCAGUUUCAAGGAGAGAUGGUUGUGAAUGAUCUGUAUGUUCCCUCAUCACCAGUCCACACACCCAUGAGAAGCCGGAGCAAGCUGGUCUCCAGACCUUCUCGAUCGUUUCUGCUGAGACAUCGUCCUGUCCCGGAGAUCCCAGGGCCAACAAAAGCAAUUUCAGGGAGCUAUUUCCGUGACAGAAGAAGUGCUACUACCUCAGCUGGAAAAUCUUUGACACUGAAAAAUUCAAAUGAGGAAAAUCCAACUUCCAUCUUUCCUUAUGGAGAGACAUUUCUCUUCCAGAGGCUAGAGAGUUCCAAGAAGAGAUCUAUAAAGAAUGAGUUUUGGGCCCAUGAGGACUCAGUCAAAGAGGAAGCAGCCACUACAAGGAACUCCAUCUUAACGAAGUCCAGCAUAUAUGAUAACAGCAAGGAAAAAGUGAAUGAAGAGAAAGUGGAAGAUAUUUGGAUACCCCGAGAGGAUAAAAAUAAUCUUCCAAAGGACUCUGCUUCUGAGUCAGAAUACUCAACAGUAGAAGAGUGCUUCCAGAGCUUAAGAAGAAAAAAUUCGAAGGCAUCUAAGUCUAGGACUCAAAAAGCCUUCUACUUGGACCCUUUUAAUAGGCACAGUUACCCUUUAAGCUCCACGAGUGGGAACACUGAGUCGUCGACCAUCUCAAAUGCCAUCUCUCCCUAUGCCUGCUUCUAUGGAUCUUCUGCAGCCAAAGAUAAAUCAGGCUGGCUGGACAAACUUUCUCCUCAAGGAAAACGCAUGUUUCAGAAGAGAUGGGUGAAAUUUGAUGGCUUUAGCAUUUCUUACUACAACAAUGAAAGAGAGAUGUACUCAAAAGGAAUAAUCCUGCUCACUGCGAUAUCCACAGUACGGGCUCAAGGAGACAACAAAUUUGAAAUUGUUACAACACAAAGGACUUUUGUUUUUAGAGUAGAAAAAGAAGAAGAGAGAAAUGAUUGGGUCAGCAUAUUAUUAAGUGCACUGAAGUCACCAUCCCUUACUUCACAGUUGCAAGCAGCUACAGCACCCGAGAAAUGUGGAUAUCUUGAAUUGAGAGGCUACAAAUCCAAAAUCUUUACUGUUUUAAAGGGAAACAGUGUGUGGCUUUGCAAAAAUGAGCAGGAUUUUAAGAGUGGACUUGGUAUUACUGUAAUUCCUAUGAAUGUUGCAAAUGUAAAGCAAGUAGAUCGAGCUGUGAAACAGUCUUUUGAGAUAAUCACUCCCUACAGGAGUUUCAGCUUCACAGCAGAGUCUGAGAAAGAGAAACAGGACUGGAUUGAAGCUGUGCAGCAGUCGAUAGCAGAAACUCUCUCUGAUUAUGAAGUAGCUGAGAAGAUUUGGUUCAAUGAAUCCAACAGGAGCUGUGCGGAUUGUAAAGCCCCAGAUCCUGACUGGGCAUCCAUCAAUCUCUGUGUUGUCAUUUGUAAGAAGUGUGCAGGACAACAUAGAUCGUUGGGCCCUAAAGACUCUAAGGUUAGAAGUCUGAAAAUGGAUGCUAGUAUUUGGAGUAAUGAGCUCAUUGAGCUAUUUAUUGUCAUUGGAAACAAGAGAGCUAAUGACUUUUGGGCUGGUAACCUUCAAAAAGAAGAAGAAUUACACAUGGAUUCACCAGUUGAAAAGAGAAAAAUCUUUAUUACCCAGAAAUACAAAGAAGGAAAAUUUAGAAAGACUCUUUUAGCAUCUCUGACCAAAGAAGAGUUAAAUAAGGCUCUAUGUGCUGCAGUGGUAAAGCCAGAUGUGCUGGAAACGAUGGCCCUGCUGUUCAGUGGAGCAGAUGUCAUGUGUGCGACAGGAGAUCCUGUCCACAGUACCCCCUACCUACUGGCCAAGAAGGCUGGGCAGAGUCUACAGAUGGAAUUUCUCUAUCAUAACAAGUUCUCAGACUUCCCUCAGCAUGAUGUUCAUUCUGAGGGUGGGUCAAGUCAGGAGCCUGCCCAGUCCACCUUCCUCUGUGACUUCUUAUACCAGGCCCCUGCUCCUGCUUCCAGAGUCUCUACAGAGAAAAAGCUACUUGAAGAGAUAAAUAAAAAGUGGUGUGUUUUGGAAGGCGGCUUCUUGAGUUACUACGAAAACGACAAAUGUACCACACCUAAUGGCACUAUUAACAUCAGUGAAGUUAUCUGCCUGGCUGUCCAUAAAGAGGACUUCUAUUUGAGUACUGGGCCAAUCUUUGUCUUUGAGAUCUACUUACCCUCAGAACGUGUCUUUUUGUUUGGAGCUGAAACAUCUCAGAUUCAAAGAAAAUGGACAGAGAUAAUAGCCAAGCAUUUUGUUCCCUUUGUUGCUGAAAACUUAACAGAAGCUGACUAUGAUUUGAUUGGUCAACUCUUCUACAAAGACUGCCAUGCCCUGGACCAGUGGAGAAAAGGCUGGUUUGCUAUGGACAAGUCUAGUUUGUGUUUUUGCCUUCAAACGCAAGACGCUCAGGAAGAGAGAAUGCACCUCAGAAGACUGCAGGAGCUAACAAUCAGCACAAUGAUGCAAAACGGAGAAAAGUUAGAUGUGUUACUCUUAGUAGAAAAAGGGAGAACGCUAUACAUCCAUGGGCAUACCAAGUUGGAUUUCACAGUCUGGCAUACUGCAAUUGAAAAAGCAGCAGGUACAGAUGGUAACGCAUUACAAGAUCAGCAGCUCUGCAAAAAUGACGUCCCCAUUAUUGUGAACAGCUGCAUAGCAUUUGUUACACAGUAUGGGUUAGGAUGCAAACACAUUUAUCAAAAGAAUGGUGAUCCUUCGCACAUAAAUGAACUCCUGGAGAGUUUCAAAAAGGAUGCAAGGAGUGUUAAGUUGCGAGCUGGAAAACAUCAACUUGAGGAUGUGACGAGUGUGCUGAAGAGUUUUCUGUCUGACAUUGAUGAUGCGCUUCUCACGAAGGAGCUCUAUCCAUACUGGGUCUCUGCACUAGAUACACAAGACGAAAAGGAAAGAACUGAAAAAUACAGAGCAUUCAUCCGCACUCUUCCAGGGGUCAACAGAGCGACACUGGCAGCUAUAAUUGAGCACCUUUACAGGGUUCAGAAAUGCUCAGAAAUCAAUCACAUGAAUGCCCAUAACUUGGCAUUGGUCUUUUCAUCCUGCUUAUUUCAAACUAAGGGACAAACUAGCGAAGAAGUCAAUGUAAUUGAAGAUCUAAUUAAUAAUUACGUUGAAAUAUUUGAGGUUAAAGAAGACCAAGUCAAACAAAUGGACAUAGAAAAUAGCUUUAUAACCAAGUGGAAAGACACUCAAGUGUCCCAGGCUGGAGACUUGUUAAUCGAAGUAUUUGUAGAAAGGAAGGAACCUGACUGUAGUAUUAUAAUUCGGAUAUCUCCUGUAAUGGAAGCUGAAGAGUUAACUAAUGAUAUAUUAGCAAUAAAAAACAUUGUUCCUACCAAAGGUGAUAUUUGGGCUACAUUUGAAGUCAUUGAAAAUGAAGAGCUAGAGCGUCCUCUUCACUACACAGAGAAUGUGUUGGAGCAGGUGCUUCAGUGGAGUUCAUUAGCCGAACCCGGUUCUGCUUAUCUUGUGGUGAAGAGAUUCUUAAGCAUUGACACAAUUAAACACUGCAGAGAGAAAAGUAUCAAAGAAGGUGCCUUAAAACUCAAAGAAGAGCCAUCUAAAAUACUAUCAGGAAACAAAUUUCAAGACCGAUAUGUUGUUUUGCGAGAUGGACAUCUCUUUCUUUACAAGGAUCCAAAGAGCAGCAAGCAUGAGAAGAUGUUUUCUCUCAACUUGAUGAAGUUUUAUCUUGGUGUGAAGAAGAAAAUGAAGCCCCCAACCAGUUGGGGAUUGACCGCAUAUUCUGAAAAACACCAUUGGCACUUGUGUUGUGACAGUUUACAAGCCCAGAUGGAGUGGAUGGCCAGUAUCUUUAUUGCUCAGCAUGAGAAUGAUAUAUGGCCACCAGCUGGAAAAGAAAGAAAACGUUCAAUAACCAAGAAUCCCAAGAUUGGGGGUUUACCUCUGAUUCCCAUCCAACAUGAGAGGAAUGCAACCCUGGCCCGGAAGAAUAUUGAGAGUGCAAGAGCAGAACUUGAAAGGCUGCGGCUGGGUGAAAAGCAAGAUCGAGACUUCAUGGAUUCCAGCUUAAAAGACAGAGCCUCCAUCAUAGCCCACUGCUUGGAGCACAAAGAUGAUAAACUUCGAAAUCGUGCCAGAAAACAUCGCAGUUUCAACUGCUUGGAGGACACAGAGGCGGAGGUCCCACACAGCCUACCAAAGGGCUUUAAAGGUCCAAAGACGCUAAAGAAGAUUGAAGACAGGAACAGCAAGACUACUUUAGACCCUGAUCACAAGCUGCCAUCAAAAGUCAUCGAGGAACUUAGUGUGGUUCUCCAGAGGUCAAGAACUCUUCCUAAAGAGUUACAGGAUGAACAGACGUUACAGAAAGAAAUAAAAUAAAUCAUCACACAAGUUAUUUUUUUCAACAUUGUAUACAAUGUGUGCAAACUAGAAAUCAAACUGUAAUUCUUGAGUUCCUCUAUCUAGACAAAUUUGUCUGUAUUUAAGAAAUUUGUUUAUCUAUACCUAAGCAUUUAAGAACAUUUUAAAAUAUGUAUAUAUGUGGUUAAGUGUAAGAUCAACUUUAUUUUGGUCUGGAAACUUGUAAAGUUCAAUUGUAUUAACUGUAAUAAAUUUUUGGGUUACUGUAAGUGGCCAGGUCUUUGAAAAUAGAUGUGUAAGUGGGGGUAAUUUAUGAGCAGAAAUCUGUACUGUAUUGUAUAAAAUGCUGUGUGUACAUGAAACCUAUGAAAUUGUAUUAUAUUUUGCACUUUGAGAAGGCUUGUAUAUUAAGUUGCCAUGUGUUUUUAGGUUUACAUAAGGUCCAUCUUAAGGAAAAGAAAGGGAAGUGAGUUCAAAAGGGGAAAGACAUUGCAGUAGCUGUUCAACCAACAUUGGGAAGAAAGCCAGGAAGUUACAAAAUAUUCUACUACCCAUGGAGGUGACCCAGAAUUCAUUCUAAUUCACCAAGAAACAAAGCGUGUUGUGGAGAAACUGCUUGUUAUGAAAAAACUGUUGGUGUCUGGAGUGUUUCCAGUAGUUAUAUACAGCCAGCCCACGUCAGUGGUGACACUGGCCACUGUCAUUUAUGGUUCAGUAGACAAGCCCCAAGACAUAUUAGUACACCAGAACUGUCUGUCAGUGUUUGCUCAGAGGAACUUACAUUGCACUGAAGAGUGUGUGCAUGGACCCAGCAUGGAUGUCAUUUGCACUGUUACUGUAUGCAGGCAAUUCUUUAGGGCUCCCAACUGUAUUUCUGGUACGAACAAAAUUCAACACCACAUCUUUUGCUAUUUUUUUCCUUUAUUCUGUGUUUGUUGCUGUUGUUGUUUCCAUUUUUAAUGUAACAUUAUAAUGCUUACUAAUGUAACAUUAUAAUGAUUACUUCUGCAUCAUCAGUAUCAACUGGAAGUAUGCAAUAUGUGGCCACUUGAAGGAGCCAAUGGCUGCUUGUACAACACAUUUGCAAGCAGGCACGUCACAUUCCAUUUAAUCUUUCUUUCUACCUGUAGAAAUGACAUAUCUCUGUAUUUUUGUUGCCACAUAAGGAUCACGUACAGAUUUGACAGUUUUUCAUUAGUCAGACUACACUAGCUUAUAAAUCGUUCGUGUCAAGGACAGUGCUUUUUAUUAAUUCUUUUCCAAGUUAAGUUGCGUUGAUGUGUCUUACAACUGGAAGUUAUAUACCGGAUCUUUAUUCCCAAUGCUCCUUUGUCCUGUCCUGUAUUUGGGGUCUUUUCUAUUUAAGACAAGUCUAUGUGCUAAAACCCUUGUUUCAGUCACUCUUUCACAGGUAAGCAACAUGCUGUGAAGUACGAGGGCUGUCUUCACUCAGAUAUGCUAACCAGUUACAUUUGCUGAAGAUAGCAGAGUUUAUUAGGAGUAAGUGGCAUUUAGUCUUUAAAUCCAAGUAAAAUGUUAACUGAAAUAGUAAGUAAAACUGCAGGGCAGUUUUACGAGUUGGUGGCACUAUUGAAGACGCUCCCUUCAAAGCAAGAUAUUGUGUUGUUUGGGAAGAAAAAAAUUAAUUUUAGUAAACUUAUUUCUGAUAAGUAAUAUUUAUAUUUUUUAUGAAAUAAAGAGAUAUAUGGCCUUGUUGAGGAAGUGUCACGCUGUUGGACCUACCUUACUGGAAUUUCUCCUGAAAGUUGAGAUUAAAUCUGAUCACUUCUGUUGUUUUUCUUUUUUUCAUGAAUAAUCGUCUCCAUUUUUAAAAUGUAACAUAAGGGCUAAUGGUUACAUCCGAUUUUGAGUAAAAAUUAAAAUAGUUUUACAAGUCCA